AUGACACAGCAAGACGAAAAUUUCACUUCUCUCUCAAAACUUUAUAACCAUGCUUCUUCUUUCACAGCAAAUCUCGAGGAUGGUGUUCUUAUUGAUGCCACUCCAAACGUAACACAGUCUCAAGCAACGACUGUUCAUAAAUUAUUGCAAAAUGUAAAUUUGUUAUUGGCAAAGCAGCAGGAAAACACAAAUUCUAAGAAUGUGGUUGGCACUGAAGCCGAAGAGAAAAACGUCAAUGAAGACAAUACAACAGCUACUGCAGCAAAUAGAGUAACAGAACCUCAAGCCGGGCCAAACUGA